UUGUAGUGGUCAUAGUCGGUGUGUAAACACGGCGCCUGUACACAAGCGGUAUUCUCGCGCAUGACCUUGGCCGGCGCGCAUGCGCGGUGUCGCGGCCUGCCGACCCAUCCAGCCACACAUCGGCAGCUCUCGGCGCCACAGUCCGCGAUAGCGCUCCGCGGCGGUAGCGUCUCUCACCGCGAGUGCGGAACAACGCGGCCGCGUGAUAACACAGAAAACCUCACCUAAAUCAAAUAAACACUAUUCCUGUGUGUAGGGCGACGUUGACAAUUGUUAUUGUGUGUGUCGUGGCCCCGGCAGCGCGGAAUCUACACAGUCGUAAGGGUGUCAAGAAUGUCUGCAUGAACAUUUGAGUGGAGUCUUGGAGCGGUGUUGACAAGCGAGCACCAUGACCAAGAAAUUCGAGUUCAACUGGCAGAUCCCCGUCCCUGAUCUCCUUCUUCAGGGCGCGACCUUCGAUCGGUGGACAGAAGAGAAGGACAACACAGAAUUGGAACAGAACUGCUUGUUCAAGGUCGACGAGUAUGGCUUCUUCAUAUACUGGAAGAGCGAAGGCAGGGAUGGUGACGUCAUCGAGCUCUGUCAAGUCAGUGACGUCAGAUCCGGCGGAGUGCCAAAGGAUUCAAAAUUAAAUAUGAACUUAGUGAACAAACACGGAGAAAACUUAGAAGAGAAAUCGUUGACAAUAUGCAGCGGUACGGACUACAUCAACAUAAACUACCAACACGUGGUCUGCCCUGAUGCAGCGACUGCCAAGGUAUGGUUGCAAGGCCUGAGGCAGAUCACCCACAAUGUCAAAGCGAACAACGUUUGCCCGAUGACUUGUCUAAAGAAGCAUUGGAUGCGCCUCUGCUUCCUAACAGACCCACGAGGGAAGGUUCCAGUCAAGGUGGUCGCCAGGACCUUCGCAUCAGGCAAGACUGAGAAGCUGGUGUACCAAUGUCUAUCAGAACUUGGUCUCCCAUCAGGAAAGAAUGAAGCGAUGGAGAAGGAAGCGUUCACCUUUGACAAGUUUUAUGCUUUAUAUCAUAAAAUCUGUCCUAGGAAUGAUAUUGAGGAACUGUUCAGGUCUAUCACUCAAGGCAAGUCAGACCGUAUCAACUUGGAGCAGUUCGUGAACUUCCUCAAUGAGAAGCAGCGCGACCCUCGGCUGAACGAGAUCCUCUACCCUCUGUACGAUGAGAAGCGAGCUGCUGAGAUUAUCAACACGUACGAACAGUGCGAUGAGGCGAAGAAUGAUAAAUGCCUCACAAAAGACGGGCUGAUCCGCUACCUGAUGUCUGACGAGAACGCGCCGGUGUUCCUGGACAGGCUGGACAACUACAUGGACAUGGACCAGCCACUCGCCCACUACUACAUCAACUCCUCACACAACACCUACCUGUCCGGCAGGCAGUUCGGCGGCAAGAGCUCCGUGGAGAUGUACCGGCAGGUCCUGUUGGCUGGAUGCAGGUGCGUAGAACUCGACUGCUGGGACGGCAAAGGGGAAGAUGAGGAGCCAAUCAUCACCCACGGCAUGGCCAUGUGCACAGACAUUCUCUUCAAAGACGUGAUCUACGCGCUGAGGGACACUGCCUUCGUGACCUCAGACUACCCAGUGAUCCUAUCCUUUGAAAACCAUUGCUGCAAAGCCCAGCAGUACAAGCUGGCGAAGUACUGCGAUGAGAUCCUCGGAGAUCUGCUGUUGAAAGAAGCUUUGCCGGAGCAUCCUUUGGAGCCUGGAGUACCUCUACCACCACCAUCGGCUCUAAAGCGUAAAAUCCUGAUCAAGAACAAGCGCCUCAAGCCUGAAGUGGAGAAGCAGGAGUUGGAGCUGUUCCGACAAGGACAGUUCGUCAUUGAAGACGAGGAGAAGGAAGACGCUUCUGCUGUUGCUAUUCCGGAUAAGAAGCCUGAAGAAAUAGUAGCUGAGGCAGCAUCAGCAGGCGACGACGCCCCCCCUCCAGUGGCGUACACGGGGUCUACCACCAACGUGCACCCCUGGCUGUCCUCCAUGGUCAACUACGCGCAGCCCAUCAAGUUCCAGGGCUUCGAGGAGGCUGACAAGAAGAACAUCUACCACAACAUGUCCUCGUUCGCGGAGACCACCGGCAUGAACUACCUGAAGACGCAGGCUAUCGACUUCGUGAACUACAACAAGCGGCAGAUGUCCCGGAUCUACCCCAAGGGUACCAGGGCUGACUCUUCUAACUACAUGCCUCAGGUGUUCUGGAACGCCGGCUGUCAAAUGGUCUCCCUGAACUUCCAAACGUCAGACCUGCCGAUGCAGCUGAACCAGGGCAAGUUCGAGUACAAUGGCAACUGCGGCUACCUUCUCAAACCUGACUUCAUGCGCCGAGCCGACCGGAGCUUCGAUCCCUUCGCUGAUGCCCCUGUAGAUGGCGUGAUUGCAGCUCAGUGCUCCGUGCAGGUCAUCGCCGGCCAGUUCUUGUCAGACAAGAAGAUCGGUACCUACGUGGAGGUGGACAUGUACGGUCUACCAUCAGACACCAUCCGCAAGGAGUUCAGGACCCGCAUGGUGCCCGCCAAUGGACUGAACCCCGUCUAUAAUGAGGAGCCUUUCUUGUUCCGAAAGGUUGUACUACCAGACUUGGCAGUCCUUCGUUUCGGAGUGUACGACGAGAACAGCAAGCUGCUGGGCCAGCGCAUCCUGCCGCUGGACGGGCUCCAGGCCGGCUACCGGCACAUCUCGCUCAGGACCGAGGCCAACUUCCCCAUGUCACUGCCCAUGCUGUUCUGUAAUAUCGAGCUGAAGAUCUACGUGCCUGAUGGGUUUGAAGAUUUCAUGGCGGCUCUAUCGGACCCCCGAGCGUUCAUGGGCGCUGCUAAGGAGAGGAACGACAAAGUCAAGCAGCUCGGCAUCGAGGAGACUGGCCCGGAGAAGAAAGUGCAGAUCGAGGAGAAGAAAGAAGAACCUCCUCUAGUCUUCGAGCCGAUCACAGUGGAGUCCCUUCGCCAGGAGAAGGGUUUCCUCAAGACUGGUAGGAAGCAGCAGAAGGAGCUGGAAGCCAUGAGGAAGCGCCAUGCCAAGGAGAAGAUGGCACUGCAGAAGACACAGUGCUCUGCGCUGGAGAAGAUGAUCAAGGGAAAGAAUAAGGACCAGCUAAGCAAUGAUGCUUCCUUCCGCAAGCUGGUGAACGAGCAGGCCACGGCUUGGAGCGAGCUGGUGGCCAAGCACAGGGUCGAGGAGUGGACCAGUGCUCGCAGCCGGCUCAACGAGCAACGUGACCUGCUGAAGAAGAUGAUGGAAGCCACACAGCUGGCACAGAUGAAACAACUGGAGGGAAAACAUGAGAGGGAGCUGAAAGAGAUGAACGCCCGCCAAGCCAAGAUUAGCAUGGAGACCAGCAAGGAGGUCGCCAACGACAAGACCUUGAAGACCAAACAGGAGAAGGACCGACGGCUCAGGGAGAAGAAACAGAACAACACCAAGAAGUUCUUGGAUGAGAGGAAGACUCAAACCAUCAAGCAGAACCGUGAGAAGGAAAAGCUGAAGGUGACCCAUGACAAGCAGAUGGAAGAGCUCUCCAAGGAUAUUGAUAACCUGAUCGAGAUGUACAAGAUGGAGGAGUCUGAGUUCGACAUGACAACAAAAACGGAGUUCUUUGCAUGAAAGUACCCUGACAUAGCUCCACUGCUGGAGCGAAUGACUUGAAAAGUGAGUGAAUAAACUAAGUGAUCUCUCUAGUAUAAACAAAACUAUUAAAUUCAACAUUUUAAAACUAGAAUUGGUAGUUAAAAAUAUAUUUAAGAGUUUUAAACAUUAUUUUUAAUUGUUUAUUAUUAAAAAAAUCAUGUUUGAUGUUUAAAUUUUAAAUUGUAUCUAAUUCUAAGAUUGUUUUGAUGGCACGCUUGGCGGGAAAGCAAGAUUGUCAAUGUGUAGAAAGAUUUAAAUUAAGAAUGAGACAACACAAGCGUGCCAUUUAAAAAAAAAUAAGAUUAUUAAAUUCUUUAAUUCUUGAAUUUAUCAUUAAAAUUAUUUAUCGAUUUAUUUAUGGUAUGUUACGUUGGAAUAAAAGGGUGUUACGGUCUCAGACCGUGGAAGGAAUUGUUGUAAAGGCCAAUUUUUGAUCGAGUUGGUAGCUGUAUCUAUAUUAUUGUUAUUAUCGAAAAAUUGGAACGAUUAAAAUUAAACGAGAAAUAAAAAAAUAUAAAAGUGAUUUUUCGGCCUUGCGAAAUUGAUAAAUUAUAGAGUAAGAUAUAUUAGUUGACUACGUCGCGCGGUGUGAUGGAAUUAACUGACAGUUAGUAUUGCUGCCUCUCUGAUCAAGGCAAUUUGCUUAGUCGGUUAGUCUUAUUUAUUCUUUUUACUUUUUAAUACGUUCAGAAAAUAAAAGCAUUUAAUUACGUAAUAUCAAGUUUAAUGCCCUAACAUGCAAAGAAUAUGAAUUUCUACCACUAUUCUUUUUUGUAUAUUUUUUAUACAUUGCAAGACUGGAAGCAUUUAACUGCUUCCGCCAUAGACUAACAGACUAAAAGUUGGCGGCAAAUACUAAAAUGUCAGUUUUCGUAAAUUCAGUUAAUUACAUUAAUUUACGGGUAUACAAUAUUAUGUAGACAUAUUCUAAAUAAACUAUUAAAAUGCUGUUAGUCGAAUAGAUUAUUAGAAUAUCAGAAAAAUAGAAAUUGAACUGAAAAUACCUAAUAAUCGCUCUAAGAAAAUUCUGGAACAAAUUAAAUGAAUUAUGGUGGACAUUGAUUACACAUGUUUCAUUAUUGAACAAUAUAACAUUACAAAUUACAAUUCAGUGACAAUCUAGUCGUAUAGGUACUAUAAUUUUAUUAUAACUUUUGUGAGACAUACUAAAUUAAUUAUUAUGUUAUUGGCUUACUCACGUAACUGGUUGACGAGGAACUCGACUAGUUUCAAGCCAUUCUAGGGGCUCAUAUUCAUGAGCUGCAUUCCGUGACACAAGGCGCGGCGAUUGUCGCGCUGCUACUCACGAAUAGGUAUGCUGAGUGAAUAAGCUGAUAACAUAAUAAUGAAUUCGUAUAGGUACUGUUAUUGUAUAUUUUCUCUAUUUAAUUCUUAUUGUAUAAACGUUUCCCACUAUUAUUCUAUUUACUUAAUCUUUCAGUAUAAUAUUCUUAUGUAUUCCAUGACAUUGUGUAUUUUUGUAUGUAAUAAAGUUAUUUAUUGUUUGUUUAAAUAUUUCAAAUUGUUGAAAUGGGAUCAAUCAUACUUAUUUCGAUUGUUCUAAGAAAAUUUUAAAUUUUAUUGUACCUAUCUGUUAAAAUUAAAAUUAAAUUUUAAACUGUUUAGAAAUAAGAAUGUUUAAAUAAAACUAUGUAUAUGAAACAAAUCUCUAGUUAAGAAUUCUAAUUUCUUCCUAUGGAGAAAAUAGUGGAAUGUAAGUAUUGGAAAAAGUAUAGAGAAAUUCCUAGCUUAGGGAACAAAUUAUGGACAUGUAUACAACAUUGUUGUUUAUGGUCGUCCUGUGAACUUAGGAAAGUCAGUAAGGCAAAGGAAACAGCAUUUUGUGCCUCUAUGUCUUCCCUGAUUCUAUUAUUACCUACUCUAUGGCUCUAGCUCAUCCCCAAUAUACCUACUAGUUCAAUCUCAGCAUAUUCAAUUUCAAUAUAUAAUAUAGUUCAUCAGCUUUCGAGCAAUUGAAACAAUGGUAAAGUAGGCUGCCCGACCUCGCGUCGCCGCGUCUGCGCACGCUGCUCAUGAUUAAGAGUCCCUCUGUGACUCGAAACUAGUAGAGCUUCUCUCAAAAUAUUUACGUGAGUAAACCGUUGUUUUUAGUUAAUAUCUAUACUACAUUCAUCUCUUACUAAAUGUCAUUCCAUUAAAAAUAUAUCUACUAUGAAUACAGUGUCGUUAGAGGACCAACUUCCUAUAAUUUCACAUCUUUUAAUCUUAAAUUAUACUUGUUAAGCUAUCAUAGGCCAAAGAAUUUCCUCAUACUGUAUAUUAUAAGUAGCAUAAGUAAUUGUAAUAUUUGAUUUCAAAUCAAUUAAGGACUCUUUUACGUCAAUAUUAAAUUUGAAAAUUAUUUCAUCUGCACCUGUGUGUAAAUAUUUAUAAAUGCUGUAUUAAUUCAAUUAUAAUUAUUGGAAUAUAUUUAAUAAUAGAUUCUUUUAGGUGCCUAAGUACAUUAAUGUUAUAUUCUAGUCAAUUUCAUUCAAAUUAUGUUAAUUUCAAUAAUAUCAUAGUUGCUGGAACUCAGCGACCUUAUUAUAAAGCCUUAAAAGGUAUUUUGAGGACUUGUGUAAGUCAUAUUUAACCUUCUAGUUAAAUUUGAGAUAGAUAUAAAGAAUACAGUGAGAGUAAAUAAUAAGUGUUUGAAACGUUUAUUGAAUGGAAUGUUGAUAUUUACAUUUAUCGAAAAUGGAAUAUUGGUGAAUAUCGGAAUUGCACUUUAUUAAAAAUUCAGAAUAAUUAAAUUAUUCAUAAAAUUAUUCGAAUAUGAAUAUGAAAACGUAGUAAAAACAUUUUAAUUAUUAUUAUUAAAAUUAUAUCAUAAACGAAAAUUUAAAUUAUUAAGUUCUUGUAUUGUGAUAUGAAAAUAUAUGUAUUAAUCAAUAUUUGGCCUAUAUUAUUAUUAUAUAAAUUGAAAAUUCUCUUUUGAAAAUUUUAUUAGAAUUAGAAUGUUGCUGGCUGGUCCUACGUAGUAGUGACUAAAGUUUAUUAAUUAUAAAUUAUAGGUGUUUUAUGUUGUAAAUUCAUUUUAAUUAGCACUAUUAGCACUUUUUGUCUGAAUAAGGCACAUUGGACGAAGAAGCACUACAUGUAAUUAUGAAAUUUAUUCAAUUGCAUACAGUAUCGGACUUAGCCGUAAGAACUUGGGAAGUAAAGCAUAUAUUCUAAACUCAUUAUAUUGAACAUAUAUUAGACUCUGCUCUGUACAAUUAAAUUUGGUAGCAAAUUGUAACAUGCAGUACUUAAUGUCAGAGAAGUUUCAUAAUUUUCUAGUAAGUAUAGUGAAACACAUUGUAUCCAAAGAUUUAUUUAUUGUUUAAAGUACAAUAACUAAAUUAUAACAUUUAAAACA